ACUGCCGCCAGAUCCAAAUCAGCAGCAGUUUUCUCUCCCUCAUCCUUUCUGCAUUCCAAGUUGCCCACUCUGGCUGUUGCGGGCACAGCACCUUUGAAGGUUUCCACAGUCUCCGGAAAAGGAAAGGAACCUUGAGCCUUUCAGAUCACAUCCUCUUGAAGGAAACCAUUUGUCACAGGAACAAAGAUGGCGGGUGCACUAGCAGAAGAUGUUUACAUCGAGUUUUCUAAUAUACAAUUUAUUGACAAUAUGCUUUACUUUAUAGCUGAAAAUGAUGAAAACCUGGAAUCAGAUCACUUUGGCAAACUUGAACUUAAAUACUUAGUCAUACGAAAUGUGAAGGACCAAGUUCUAUUUAUUGACCAAGGAAAUCAACCUGUGUUUGAAGAUAUGACCGAUUCUGAAAUUAGAGCUAAUAAAUCCCAGGUGAGACUUAUAAUAAGUAUAUAUAAAGAUAACCGAGCUAGAGGUAGGGCUGUGGCCAUCUCUGUACACCAUAAGAAAAUUUCUACUCUCUCCUGUGAGAACAAAGUUAUCUCCUUUAAGGAAAUCAUUCCUCCUGAUGAUAUUCCUGAUACGAAGAGUGAGUUCAUAUUCUUUCAGAGAAGUGUUCCAGGACAUAACAAUAAGAUGCUAUUUGAAUCUUCAUUGUAUGAAGGGUACUUCCUAGCUUGUCAAAAGGAACAAGGCAGUUUCAAACUUAUUUUGAAAGAAAAGCAUGAAUAUGGGGAUACAUCUAUAAUGUUCAUUGUUCAUGGAGAGCAAUAUUAAAAUUCCAGUUUAAACUUUGUGAAA